CUCGAUUUGGUGGCCGGUGGCGUCGUCUGCCGGGCCAGCUGCUCACCCUCCGCACCCGAGGCUCUCGUUUUGUUUGGCGUAUGACGCGAUGCUGCUCCACCAGUGUGUGGUCUCUCUGAAUGAUCAGUAGCGGCCGUCGCACGCUUGCAAGUGGGAACCUACCGUGUCUGCAUUCUUGUACCGGAUCAUGGCGAAACUCGCAGCUGUUGGUCGCAGCGUGCUUAGAUUUACAAACGAAAGUAUGAGGAUUGGUAUGGUAACAGUCAUUGGGGCGGUCCUCGGCUUCUACAUUGGAAUCUCCUUCCCAACAGUGAGCAUCACAAAGCUGCACUUUCCAUCCAGCUUUGUUUCAUAUAGGGACGAGACAAGCUCUGACCUCACAACGCAGGCUUUACUGAAUCAUGCCUGGACUUCUGCCAGAAAUACGAGGGAGGAGAACAGUUCUGAGCAAAACUCAAAUUCAAAUGCUACUUUGAAGAUUUAUGUCCCAACAAACCCCAGGGGUGCAGAGCGGCUAGCACCAGACAUUGUUGUACCAGAUACUGACUUCCAUUUGCGCAGGUUGUGGGGAGACCCUAGUGAGGAUCUGCCCUUCAAACCGAAGUACCUUGUGACUUUCACUGUUGGAUAUGCUCAAAAAGAAAAUAUAAACAGAGCAGUGAAGAAGUUUUCUGACAAUUUUGCCAUCCUGUUAUUCCACUAUGAUGGUCGCGUGAGCGAAUGGGAGGAAUUUGAGUGGUCAAAGCGAGCCAUCCAUGUUAGUGUCAGCAAACAAACUAAGUGGUGGUAUGCCAAAAGAUUCUUGCACCCUGAUAUUGUGGCGGCUUACGAGUAUAUAUUCAUCUGGGAUGAGGACCUUGGGGUGGAUCAUUUUGAUGCGGAGGAGUACAUCAGACUUGUCAAGAAAUAUGGUCUGGAUAUAUCCCAGCCUGGUUUAGAGCCUGACCGGGGACUAACAUGGCAGAUGACCAAAAGAAGAGGUGACCGAGAGGUCCACAAGGUGACAGAGGAAAGGCCAGGGUGGUGCUCUGACCCUCAUCUUCCACCUUGUGCUGCGUUUGUUGAAAUCAUGGCUCCUGUCUUCUCUAGACACUCGUGGCGAUGCGUAUGGCAUAUGAUUCAGAAUGACUUGGUUCAUGGUUGGGGCCUCGACUUCGCCCUCAGGAAAUGCGUAGAGCCUGCUCACGAGAAGAUCGGGGUGGUCGAUUCUCAGUGGAUCACCCACCUGGUGGUUCCUUCUCUUGGGAACCAGGGCAUGGCGGAGCACGGGAGGCCGGCAUGGGAAGGGGUGAGGGCGCGGUGCCGGAAGGAGUGGGGCACAUUCCAGACGAGGUUGGCGGAUGCUGAGAAGGCCUACUACAGGAUGAUGGGCAUCACACCUCCCAACUCCACCCUUGUCUAGCUAGCCGAUGACUUCUUCCUCACCUCCAUGUUUUCUCUGUACGGAUGACAUGAGAGUACUGACUAUACUGUACUUGGAUGGUGGAGAGGCGAUGAUGAUGAUGAAUGUAUAGAUUUUAGAUGCCUUUAGAGGAGCACUCAUGAUGAUGUUAUAAAGAUGUAUCAACAUAACAGUGCUCUCUCUGACUGUCAAUGUCGUUGCCAUGUUGUAUGACCCGGUUCUGUUGCAAGCUCCGAAUCAGGUUCCAGAAUACUU